AUGUCAGAUACUUUGGAGAAUCCUGUAAUAAACUUGAAACUACUCAUAGAUGAAGAAAAAUACAAAGUUGUAUUCGCUGAGUCGUGUAAGGAUUUUGUCGAUAUACUCUUUAGUUUUUCGACAUGGCCAAUGGGAUCGAUUGUUCCAUUGAUGUUGAAGCAUUAUGAGUCACAGUCGACAACAAUAGGCUGUUUCAACAAUAUUUAUGCGAGUGUUUUGAGUAUAGGCAUGCAGCAUUUUAGAACCAAAGCUUGUAAGAAAAUGCUUUUGUUUCCAGGGAGUUUGAGUCAGAAGAAAUACAAUAAGCUUAAGCUGAAUAAUAUUUAUAAUUUCGAAACUACCAAGUGUUUCAUGUGCCCUAUGUUCGGGCGAAGUGAACAAUGUAGUAAAGAGUACAGCAAUUUCAAUACCUCGAGAUGUAGCUGUGGGAACUUUAUGGAUGAAGUGAUUCAGUGUCAAGGAGAAGGAAGCGUAGGAAAUGGUGAUGGAGGUGGAGUAUUUGUGAGGAGUGAUCAUACUUCUUUCAUAAUCACUGAUGAUUUGAAAGUUGAAGUUAAAUCUGUUGGGUUAAUACUUAAUGUUCUUAAAGAUCUUGGCUAUACAGAUUGCGAUAAGUUGGUUCAGAUAAGUGUCGACAUUAAUCUUGAAGAGGUAGUGAUAUUGUGGGAGUGUUUAUUCACAUCGGAUACUCCAUUAACCGAUGCAUUUCUGAAACGAGAAAGCUCAUAUGAUAUUAUGAAGAGGAUUCACAAAACGUUGUCUCCCAAGGGCGGAGAAGAUAGAGAGGAAUCAAAAGCUGGUCAAACGAUUAUGCUAAAUGCAUAUGUUGGGAAGGAGGAAGGGAACAUUCUAUUUGCUGAAUGUGGGGAAGACUUUGUUGAUCUUCUCUUCACUUUUCUUGCUCUGCCUCUAGAAUCUAAGCAGCUGCUUGAUGAUUUGGUCACUACUGAUAAGCCACCAACUUACUACCGUUAUGUUACCUUCUCUGUGGAUCAUUUUAGAGAGUACUGUUUGUCUGAAAACUCCCGUAAGCCACUUGUUUAUGAUUGGGAUAAACUCGUGCCCCUGGUUUCAAUAGAUCCAAAAUCUGAAGGCAACACAUCUGAUGAAUCGGUAACACCUACUGGUGGAUUUAUGAAGAGAGGGACAAAGUUUAUGGUAACGGAUGAUCUUUUCAUUACACCUUCGAGUUCGAUCUCAACCAGUGGAUUUCUAAAACAAGAACAGAUUCGAUUAGAUGAUGUCGAGGUUCGAGAGAUCAUCAUUAGGAAAGAAGAGGCUAUUAGGUAA